AAUUUGACAUUGUCAAAAUUGACGUUUACUUGUAUCAGUUUUAUAGAAUAUUGAUAAACAUUUUCUUGUACAAGAAAAUUUCAUCACUGAGAGUUUUACAAGUAAAUUCAUAAAAAUGGCCGAAACACCGAUGUCUCAACGUCUUACGAACGACGAUUUUCGAAAAUUAUUAAUGACUCCUAGAUCAAAUCCUUCACAUACCCCAGCAGCUCCUGGUUCUGUAAAGGAAGCAAUGAAUAAUCCAAAUUCCAUGCCUCCUCCUAAAAUCGAAGAUAAAUCAGAAGCUCGUCGUAAAAAGAAAAGUUUUUAUGCAAAACUUAAAAAACAGGAGGAUAAUAAAAUGGCAGAACUAGCUGAGAAGUAUCGUGACAGAGCUAGCGAGAGAAGAUCGGGAGUUAAUCCUGAUUACCAAGCAGAUGAUCCUAUCACAACCGCUCAAGCUUAUAGAGCCGUAGCGCCGGAUCUUAAAUCUGGAUAUGAUGCAGCCGAACGAAGAAGGCAAAUGAUUCAAGAAUCAAAAUUCUUGGGAGGAGACAUGGAACAUACUCACUUGGUAAAAGGGCUGGAUUAUGCUUUACUCCAGAAAGUAAGAAGUGAAAUCCAACAAAUCGAAAUGGAACAGGAACAAGAAAUGGAGAGACUUGCUACAAAGACUUUGGAAGAAAAGGAAAAAGAAAGAAAAGAUGCACAGAAGAAGGAGGAAGAAGAAUUGAAAUUUAAAACGAAAAUUGGAAGAUCCAUUUAUUAUACAGUGAAUGUUUUGAAAUCCAGACACAUUGAAAGAUCAGAGUUAUUCAUUCCUGGUAGAAUGGCAUAUGUUAUUGAUUUAGAUGACGAGGCUGAAAGUGAUAUUCCAACUACUUUGAUAAGAUCAGUAGCUGAUAUGCCUUCGUUUGAGCUAACAACUACAGUCACAACAAAUGAUAUAGUUAUAAAUAAAUUGACGCAAAUUUUGAGCUAUUUAAGACAAAGUAACCGUAAAAAUAAGAAAUCAAAGAAAGGUAUGCCUGAAAAUUCUAAAGAUUAUGAUCUAGAAGAGAACGAAGGGAAGAAAAGUCACAAACGUUCCCAUCAAGAUGACUCAAUAUAUGGUGAUAUUGGUGAUUAUGUACCCUCUACAAAAAGCAGUAGACAUCGUGAUCAUGAUAGAAAAAGGCAUGCUUACUUUGAUAAACAUGAUAACGAACCUGUUGAUAAUGCUGCUCCUACAUAUAGAGUGAAUAAAUCAGCUGAAAUCUUGAAUAAAUUGCAACAAGAACCAGAAGGGUAUGCAGAAUGUUAUCCAGGUUUGGAAGAGAUGAACGAUGCAAUAGAUGACAGUGACGACGAAGUAGAUUACUCCAAAAUGGAUCUUGGUAAUAAGAAAGGACCAAUUGUGAGAUGGGACUUUGACACGGCCGAAGAAUAUUCUGAGUAUAUGAAUCAAAAAGAAGCACUACCAAAAGCUGCUUUCCAGUACGGUCUCAAAAUGGCCGAUGGUCGUAGAUCGAGAAAGCAUAAAGACAAGAAUGAAAAAGCUCACCUGGAUAGGGAGUGGCAGAAGAUACAAAAUAUUAUUCAAAAGAAAAAAUAAAUUAUUUACCAGUUAUUAUAAUGAAUUCCUUUAUAUAUAUGAGAUGUAUAUUAGUGUGGAAUAAAGUGCUAACAGUU